AUGUCCGUAACAUCUCCAGAAUCCUCUGGGUUUACUCCCCGACGGGAGUUUCUACGCGAUAACAUCGCGCAUGUUCCCAGCUCAUUUUCAUUACUUGCAUUUGCGGGAGCAAACUCACUCAAAUUAUUCUCAUUUCCACUCCCUGUGCUCACAGCUAUUCGACGCCUGCUCGACCACCUCGAACUUGUUACCAAUGUUAGAGAGGACAUUACCAAUCAGGUUUGCGAGUACUCCCUUGGUGGCCGACCUUGGGCUAGUCCAAAGAGCACCCACACUGAAAGAGUAAUAGUUCAGAUACUGGCAGUCAUAUACGAGCAUGGCUACCAAUAUUUGUCCACAAUCGACUAUGGCCGCGAGGCAGACGAUAAACUAGCGCUUGCCUUCGCGCGUCCCGUACCUCGUGUUCCCGCCUCCCUGUCGCCUGUCGAAUCUCCUAUUCCUACAUCCAUUUCGUCAAACAGACAAGGACGCCGAAUACCUUUCGCCCUCUCUUUCACCUCACAAACCACACUUCGCGUCAUCGCUCCACCACUUCAUUCAACUCCUGCUAUUCUUCAAGCCGUUCGCGGUGCCUGGCCUCGUGGUGUAGUAGGGGAGAAGAAAGUUGCCGAUAAUUGCUUCGAGUUCAAGCUCAAGGGCUAUAAAUGGUUUCACGAGGACACAUUUGCCGCCGAUUCAUUGCGACAUAUUCUGGCCCUUCUAUCGUCUUUGGAUGCACAUUCGUUCUCACUAGUGGCCUCCAUUUCAUUGACUGGCCGAUCUCGCGUCAAAGAUCUCUGGGUGUUUACUGGUCCUUCUUCUUCUGUUGACUCUCUUCCCGAUUCCCCCGCGCCGUCUAUUCUCAACGGGUCCAAUGCGGAUUUCCGACGCGUGGCAACUGCUACGUCCCAGAUGGCUAAUUCACCUUCGGGCCAAAGCCAGCAGUCGCUUCAUCAUCGACGACUGGCCACAGAUCCUUCGCCUUCCACUACUGUUCCACUCGCGCAAGCAUCACAUAACCGCUCAGCGACUGAAAGCCCGCCUAAUGCUUCAUCACGUGCUGCAGCUGCUCGACAAUCUCUUCUGCGUAAACCAGCACCACGAGCGCAAGUUCCCAUCUCAGUUCAUGACACGGAUAAUCCAAUGCCUGAACCGGAGCCUUUGCGCGCUCAACUAUCAUCUUCCAGCGGAGAACAAUUCGACAACCGAACACGAGCUCCUGAUGUGUUAUAUACUUCGCCCUCGUUGCAGAAUUCUCCUCCAAAGGAAGAGCCUUUCCCUUUGCUAUUGCCCAAAGCCGAUUCUCGGUCUCAAACACCUUCCAGCCACGGAAAAAGAAGCAGUGGUGACGCAGUCCCGUCUCUGGGCUCUGGUUCACACUCUCCAUCUCCUUUGCCAUCGCCACCACUCGUGGUGACUCCUCCUCUCGAAGAUCUCCACGACAGCCCUGCUGAAACGCCGCCUAUCCUCAGCCCAAACGCCUUUCGUGAUUCGACUCUUUCAAGUGCAACGGACUCCACAUAUGAUAUGCCCAUUCCCAUCAAAUGGACUGGUCUUGGGCGUGACUCUUCGUUGGAUGAGCGGGAGUCAAUGGGCCCUACGCUGCCCGGAGGUUGGCAACCAACGCCCAUCGACGAAAAGCCAGAGGACUUGGAGGAGAGCUUCCAGGAUAGUCUGCUUACGCCAGAUAUCCAAGAGGUACCUGUGCGGGUCAACUCGCCUGAGCCUCAGUCGCCCGAUCUUGAGCUAAGGAAAAGUGAGGCCGGGCUUGUCGGGUUGAUCGCAGCCAGCGAAAGCUCAAAGCCUACGAACGAGGGCAAGGGAUGGGUCGUUGUUGAUGUUGAAGGAGAAGGCGAAGAUAAGGUAGUCGCAUCGCCACCAGCGUUGUCUCCGACACCACCAAAAGCAGCCAGCGCACCUUCCGAAACUCCCGGCUCCAGUGGUGCAAAUACGCCAACGCCAAUAUCGCCUGCAGCCAAGGCUAUCGCUAUCGUGGAUGCUAUCGAGUCGAAGAACAAUAACAAAUCUACUCCUGCGUCGUUGGCGUCAUCAAAAGCCAAAUCCCCAGAGGGUGGAGUGAAGAAAUUCUUUUCUUUAGGACGGAAGAACUCGACUACUGCCACGCCUUCUCAGCAGCCACCACCGAGUCCUAUCCCGAAUAAAGCCGGCGUAAGCGAAAAUGAUACCAAGCGUGCGAUUGAACUGGUUCGGGAUGCUAGUGACGCCAGCAAAAUGAACCAGAAGAAGAAGAAUACCAAACCAAGUCUGCGCCAGCGAUUACGUCUGGCGGGUACUCCAGAAGCAUCGCGGAAUGAGGACAAACGCCGCAGUUUGAAUUAA